GUCAUUACAUUGAGUUGAAAAGGGAGUCGGCAGAGCAGGGAAAGUGAGUCGACCAACGGACACAGUGAGAGAAGGACCUCCAGGCUAAUACUAACGCUAACCCUUGUGUUACUUUGAAGGCUUUGUGAGCACACCUGCAGCAGCUUGACUUCCACUCGUUUAGCCUAUCUAGCGUAGCAUCCAAGGACCAGGGAGCACUGUAUAGUGAUCCCCAUAGCUCACACCUCCUCCGUGGUCCCCCCCCCCCCCCCCCAUCCAGCUUGGCAUGAAGAUGUGUUUUAGUCUACAGAAGGCUGGACCAAAUACACUGUAAUACACUACAUAGAGAAAGAGAGGGGAUAAUCUGGCAAAAUCAUCAUUAAACCGAUAAUCCACACCAAGUACAAAGAAGAGAAAGGGGGACAACGACUAAAGGAAGCGGGAAAAGGAUACAGAACAUCCCUUCAAAAUGGCGCAGAUCCCUCAGGUGUGGCACACCCAGGAAGAGAAAGUGGACCUGGAUAUAAUGGGAGCUGUUGGCAGCCAACCCGAGUGCUCCAUCUGCUUCAACACCUACGACAACGUCUUCAAGAUGCCCAAGCUGCUGGACUGUGCCCACACCUUCUGCCUCGAGUGUCUGUCACGCCUCAUGGCCAUUUCACUGGGAGAGCAGGAAGGAGGAGGCAGCAGCAAGAUCCUGUGUCCCUUCUGCCGCCAUCCCACCCUCCUGACCAAGGAGGGUCCCCCGGCCCUGGCCACCAGCAGCGAGGUACUGUGUAAGCUGCCCAGCAACCAGCAGCACGAGGAGCCUGUGUGGCUAGACGGAGAGAAGCUGUGCUACAAACGGGCCUUGGAGGCCAGCCCCGAGGCCUCUAGCUCCACCGCGACCUUCUGCAUCUGCAUCGACAUAGGGGCCAGCAAAGCAGGAGAGGUCCCGGCUCAGACACGCCCCCACAACACGGCCUUUAUGAGGCGUCUGACCAGCUGCAGGCGGCUGCUGCUCUUCAUGGUGCUGAUGGUGCUGCUAGUGGUCAUCGUGCUGUGGCCCCUGCAGUGCAUCGUCACCACAGGCAACAUGUACUGCAUGCCUCGCCCUGUGGGCUCAAUACAAGGCUCCAUCACCACCACAGCUACCCCAUUCACCAGCAUAAACCAUUCCACAAAGGGAGCCUUUCAUUAAAAUACAUGUAUGUAGUAUGCCAGAUUCCACCGCUGCCACAUUCUCCUUCAGCUCCACUAAAGGGUAUCCAGCCACAGCCCCCCCCUCCCCCGGAUAUAGACUGGAUAGAGAACACAACUGUGAGAAACUCUGCACACUCUAUCCAGUUGUUUUAGCAAUUGAUAUUUGAUAUUAUUUUUUUUCUUCUUUAUAACGUUAUUUUGCUGUAGAAAUAUAAUAUGUGGAUGAAAUGUGUUGUAAUAUUCAGACAGACCAUAUCUACAUUAUCAGAUCUGAUGGCCACAGUGCAAUCCUAACUCAAAAUGUUCCGUUUUUAAGAAAAAUGUGCAAGUUUAGCUGUCUUAUUACUGUUUUGAAAAAAUGGUAUGCCAAAACAUGAAAUUGUAAGUGUAUAUACAUGUAUAGUUGAUUGUACUAUUUUGAUAUAUAUUUUGUUUACAAAAUGACAAUAAAUGAAAAACAAAACAGG